AACGUCAAACACUUCGUAAAAUCAUGUGUCAGUAUAGAACGCCGGUUAAAUAAGACACCUGCUAACCUUUUAGACAGUGCUCGGAAAACUGUCACUUUGUUCGUACGUCGAAUGAUCGGAGCUAGAAUGAGUAAUUUACGGAAAUUUAUAGCAGGAGGUUAUACAUUUGCUAUUCAUACGUGGUACCGUUCUUCGUUUUAAUAUAGAUAUUGGGGCAAAUUUGACGGACCCAAUGUUUCAAGGAAUUUAUCAUGGAUCUCAAAAACAUCAACCGGACUUAGAUAAAGUUUUAGAACGAAGUUGGAACAAUGAUCUCUCCAAAAUUAUAAUCACUGCCGGUAAUAUGGAAGAGAGUAAAAAAGCCCUUGAAAUAGCACGAACGGAUGAACGAUUAUUUUCAACUGUUGGUUGUCAUCCAACACGUUGUAAUGAAUUUGAAGAAAGUGGCAAUCCAGAGGCAUAUCUGAAAUCAUUAUCGGAUUUGGCUAUAGAUAAUAAAGAUAAGAUUGUUGCUAUUGGUGAAAUGGGGCUUGAUUACGAUAGACUACAAUUUUGUCCUAAGGACACACAAAAAAAGUAUUUUGAGCUGCAACUAUCUUUAUGUUGCACUUUAAAAUUGCCUAUGUUUUUACAUUGUCGUAAUGCUAGCGAAGAUUUCGUAAAAAUUUUAAGGAAACAUAAAGAUACAUUAACAGCUGGUGUUGUGCAUUCUUUUGAUGGAAAUCCAGAAGAAGCAAAUUCUAUAUUACAAAUGGGAUUGUACAUUGGUAUUAAUGGAUGCUCUCUUAAAACAGAAGAAAAUCUUUUUUCUGUAACAACAAUCCCCUCAGACAGAUUGAUGAUAGAAACUGAUUGUCCAUGGUGUGAAAUAAGACCUACUCAUGCUUCUGCGAAAGAUGUUAUCACCAAUUUUCCAUCUGUUAAAAAAGAAAAGUGGCAACCAGAUCGUAUGGUUAAAGGAAGAAAUGAACCAUGCACUAUAGUUCAAAUUUUAGAAGUGCUUGCACGAAUUAGAGAUGAAGAAGAAGAAUAUCUAUGUAAUCAAAUAUACAAAAACACAAUGAAGGUCUUCUUUCCUCACGAAUUGUAAUUGUAACCAAAAUUUAUUACCACUAUGCACAAAAGAAAAACAAAAAACACAUAAAAAAGAGAAUUUUUACCAAAUUCAUUUCUUAGAAGGAAGGAAAUGAAGAUACUCAUUUUUUACAUACAUUACUCUAUGGGCGUGACUAGAGUCACAUUUCAUUGAUCUCUUUCCAUAUAAAACUUUAAUAUAUUCCUGUUAAAAUUAUCAUUGCCACCAUAAUCAUCUUCAUUAGUUGCAUUAUUAGCACUAUUAUAUUUAUAAUUAUAAUAAUAAUUAAUACUAUUCCUAUAUUUAUCAAUAUUAUUCUAUUAUUCCUGUGAACAUCACUAUUGUUACUCCUAUUAUUGUAUCCAAUGACAUUUAGUUGAUAUUCUACAUCUAUUAAAAAGUUAAUCAUACCGUC